UAUGUAAUGCCUAAAAAUGUAUUUUACAGACAAAAAGGAAAACCUUCAAAAUGGUGCUAUUUCACAAUGUGAAUGUUGGUCAGAAGGUGGAAGUGAACAUCGGUUGGGGCAACAUUAAAGGAACUGUUCAAUAUAAGGGAUGUCUGGCUGGUAAGCAAGGAGAAUGGGUUGGUGUCUUCCUGGAAGAAAGAGUUGGUAACUGUGAUGGUAUGGUGAAUGGUAGGAGAUAUUUCCAGUGUCCCAAUGAGUUUGGAUUGUUUGUCCGUGCCAACAGAAUAAGAUUCAUACCCAUACAGAGGUGCCUGUAUAACAAGUACCACAAGAAGAAAAACACUUCAUUUGUUGAUGAAGCCCUCUUCGGAAACACCCCAAAACCAGAGGUAAACAAUGGACCGUACGAUCCCAUCAAGAUCUCAGCAAAAUAUCACGACAAAGUAACAGUGGGGUCCAGUUACGAUGAUAAUGAUAUCUUCAGAAAGAACUAUCAUCCUCUGAGGCAUUCGAUCAGUAAUACAAUGCCUGCAGCCACAAUGAAGCGUCCACGUUCAGUCACACUUACUUAUACAUCAAAACCAGUCCACGGUGAUUACGAAAUCGAAGAAGCCUACAUAUCCAGUCCGUCAAUACCAAAGACCCACAUGCCGUACACAGCUCUGAGACGCCAGGUGAAACGAGGUUGGGAGAAUUCGCACUAUGUCAGAGAGAUGUCAGUUCCCACAGGACGGGAAAGCAUGAAAAAAUGGCAAUGGAAUGAUAUUUCAGUUUAGAAAUUAUGUUCUGGCUCAUAUUUAAAAUAGGAAUACAAUUUUAGAUUUAAGAAAUAAUGUAGAAAAACUAUGUUUUAACGUUAUUAAUAGACAAGAAGAGGUUAUACAUGCACGGAAUAAUUUAAUUGUUCUGCCGACAUAAUUAUAUAACUAAUUUUGAGUGUAUUAAUUUAAAUAAAACACAAUUUUUCAAUACAUUAUUUCGAUUCUAAUAUGCCCGUAAUCUAGAACAGUAGAUAAAAUUAAGUAGCACUGUUUCUUGGUCGCAACAAAGACAUUGACAUCACCGCACAUUAACGUGAUGUCAUUUUAGCGUAAGCAUGUGAAUCAAGCAUAUUAGAAUUAAGAUUUAACUUUAUGUGCUUAUGGUAUAGUCAUUUAUUAUAUAUCAUACUAUAUAUAUUAACAAAAGUGCCCUUGAAAAUGGUCAGUAAGUUGCUGUUGAGGAACUUUUAUUCAUUGUGCUUCAAAUGCCGUCAUAUAACAACCUCGAUUUAGUAUAUACCGGUAAUAGAAAGUGCCAAUAAAAGACUGGGGUGAGUCUUCAGUCCAUAUAUAUAGUGGUAUAUAUGGUUUCAUACUAAAUACUAGGUGUCCCAUUAUAAUUGGGAAAGCACACCUCAACUGUAUGUAACUUCUGUAAUAGUCCUUAGUUUGCAAACGAAGUGGCAAAUAAUGCUAUAAUUGUUGGACUAAUAAAAGCGUAUACCUCUAACGAGUUUUGUCCAUUUUUAAGACUAUACCUGCUGCUUGGAAACUUGAUCAUGGUCUUAUCACGACAGGACAAAUCAGUUUGUGCAGCCUAUAGUUGUUGAAAAUGUUCAAAUUAUUAUUGCACAUGUAUUGUUUCCGUCUUUUUGUAUUUAUUGUUAUAUUUCUCUACUUGUCUUUCACAUUACUGUUAACAUUAUAGACUGUGAUACUUUAAUUCCACAAGAUUACUGUUUACAUCAGUUUCUGUGAUACAACUAUUCCACAUGAUUAUGUUUCUUUAUUGCUAUUUAAGACAUGAUGUUAAACAAAUUUUAUUUUGUAAAUAUUUCUUGUGAGAUCUGCUGAUUGUUUCGGUUUUGCAAGUUUUACAAUGUGUGACUGGGUACAGACUAAAUCAACAAGGCUUUUCGUUUUGAAUAGUCUCCUUUCGAUUUCAACCGUGACACCAUUUUCAGGUGGUUGUGAAUAGAAAAAGUCUAGUGUGAUCUUAGUCUUGAACAAGUACUGUGAAAUCAUUUAAUUUAGUGGGGUUGAAAUUUCGUGGUUUUCGUCAAAAUGGCAAUUUCGUGGGGAUAUGAAUUCAUGGCUUUCGAAUUUUGAAUAUAAAAUGAAUGGGAAUUUUUCUUGUUCAUUCAGGAUUAGAUUUCCUGGAUUGACUCCACCACGAAAUUCAUGAAAAUUAGUACCCCCAUGAAUAUUAAUGAUUUCACAGUAAUAGAAGUCACAAGUGUUACUUUAACAUACAUGUGCUGGCUUAGCAUUUUCUUGUUCUGCAUUUUUUAAAUAAGAACAAAUCUGCAUUUCAUAGAUACAUUUCGACAAAUUAUAUUGGCUAUGCAAUCCAACUGUUUCUCGGACUUCUCAACCAGUAUUUUACCCUUGUGCCUCCCUUUUUAACUGAAAUGGCCAGUUACUUACAUAUUGGUCAAGAAAACCUGAAAUGGUGAAAGGCACAAUUUUUUAACCACUUUCAUUAUUGUCUAAGGUCUAAUCUCAUAAAACUUGAGUUGUUGUGAAAUCACAUAUGUAUGCAUUUGUCAGUUUCAUCCAGUCAGUCAAGGAAAAAUCAAAUUCAUUUUUGAAAUAAUGGAUGCUAUUUGAGCAGGUUACAAGUAUUGUGUAAGGGGGACUUAAUUCUGUGUAUUUCGUGGUUGUGUCAACCUAUAACAUUUAGUCUCAAUUAACAAACAAUAUUCCCGCUCAUUGUAUCUUUAAAGUCUAAAAUCCAUUGAUUCAUGUCCAGGUAAAAAAGCAAUUUUAGCACACUCGUCAGGAGCAUUCACGAAAAUUAAUGCAAACAAAAUGGAAUGACACAGAAGAAUUUUUUUCAGUCAAGUUCUCUUAAACUAAUUCAGUACCUCCCAUGGGGAAAGUCUUAAUAUGAGCCGUGCCAUGGGAAAACCAACAUAGUGGCUUUGCGACCA